AUGCCGGAGACGUCGUCGUCGGCGGCCGGAAAAUCGAGUAUGUUGGUGUUUUCAGCGAUGAGCCUCGCGCCGAGCACAUCCAAGGUGGAACACCAUCAGAGGCCGGCGAGUCUUCGUCGCUCGUGUUCGACAUCAUCGAAACAAUCGCAAACGAUUCGCAAGAAGAGCUACGACAAUUCAGCGGGUCUCGAAGCGCUCGAAAAACUUCGAUACAUUCUACACCAGCUGAACAGCGGCCAAUUGCCACUUGAAGAUCUUAAACGCAACAUCGAAUAUGCGGCGCUCGUCCUGGAGACGGCUUAUAUGGAUGAGACGCGACGGAUAUGCGAUGAGGAUGAAGAGCUCGCUGAAGUCACACCGGAAACGGUGCCGGAUGAGGUGCGCGAAUGGCUCGCGGCGACAUUCACACGUCAGAACGCCGGCAAGAAACGCGAUCCGCCGAAAUUCAAGAGCGUCGCCAACGCCAUCCGAACUGGCAUCUUCUUCGAAAAAUUAUUCCGAAAACAGCAAACGGUGACGUGUCCGAUUCCCAACGAAAUCGCCGAAGUCUUGCGAGACGUCAACAAUUGGUCGUUCAGUCCGUUCUACCUCAACGAGGUCUCCGAAGGUCAUGCGCUCAAGUAUAUCGGCUAUGAGCUUUUCAAUCGCUACGGAUUUAUGGAUAGAUUCAAGAUUUCCGUGUCCGCUUUGGAGAAUUACUUGGGUGCCCUGGAAGUGGGAUAUUCAAAGCACAAUAAUCCGUACCAUAAUGUUGUUCAUGCCGCUGAUGUAACUCAAUCUUCACAUUUCAUGCUCUCUCAAACUGGGCUCGCUAAUUCACUAUCCGAUCUGGAACUCUUCGCUGUAAUUUUCGGCGCUUUGAUUCACGAUUAUGAGCACACCGGUCAUACGAAUAACUUCCAUAUUCAAUCACAAUCACAUUUCGCUAUGCUCUACAACGAUCGAAGUGUUCUCGAGAACCAUCACGUCUCCUCAUGCUUCCGUCUGAUGAAAGAAGACGACAAAAACAUUGUGGCUCAAUUGAGCAAAGACGAAUACAAGGAUUUGCGUAAUAUGGUAAUCGAAAUCGUGCUGGCCACGGACAUGUCUACCCAUUUCAUGCAGAUAAAAACGAUGAAGUCGAUGCUCACACUUCCCGAAGGAAUCGACAAGAACAAAGCGCUUUGCUUAAUUGUGCAUGCUUGCGAUAUUUCGCAUCCGUCGAAACCUUGGGAGCUUCACGAGAGAUGGACCGAAGGCGUUUUGGAGGAAUUCUUCCGACAAGGAGACAUCGAAGCUUCCAUGGGAUUGGCGUAUUCGCCGCUAUGCGAUCGUCACACUGUUCAUGUUGCUGACAGUCAAAUUGGAUUCAUUGAUUUCAUUGUUGAGCCGACAAUGGUUGUUUGCGGAGAGCUUCUCGUUAAAAUGGUGGAGCCACUAGUCUCACUUCCACCAUCGGACUCCUUAUUCCCGCCAAGUGUCGAAGGCGAGGAUAAAUCUCCGAGCAACGCAUUGAGCCCACUUCCCGAUCUUUCGCGACGAAACUCGUCCGUCUCGCCGUCAUCGAUCCGCAAAAUUCCGCUCAAUUAUAGCGGAAAAUUGGAGAUUCCGACGCCGUGGAUGAAGUUCCUCCACGAGAACAAGGCGUUGUGGAAGGAACGCGCCGCGAAAGAAGAGGAGGAGCGCAAAAUCAAAGAAGCUCAGGAGGCGGCCAAAGCUGCUCAGCAGGAAGAGGAGAAUAAGGAAAAUGGCGGGUUGACACAAUUUGAAUCAGCUAAUAGUUCCAUUUUAGGAAUUGAAGCAAACUAA